AUGGCGUUGGACGCCCACUUUGACGCGAUCUGCCGAGAUCUGCUGCGGGAGAUGGGGGGCCGCACCUGGAAGGGGCGCCAGGCCGCCACGGCCGCAUUGGCAGACCUGCUGCAGGGCCGCCGCUGGGACCAGCUCGGGCCGCACAUCAAGGAGAUGUGGGUGAUGACGCUGCGCGUCAUCGAUGACGUCAAGGAGAGCGUCAGGCGCACCGCUGCGCUGACCGCCAGAACGCUGCGCGGCACGAGCCUGCGCCUGAUGGACGCAGCCCAGACGCCGCCGCGCGACGUACGCGCCUGCUGCGAGGCGCUGCUGCCCCUCAUGCUCGAGACGGGCCUGCCCAGCAGCGUUCCGGAGGUGCGGGGGCUGUCUCUUGACGUGCUGACCCAGGCGGUCCGCAGCGCCGGCCCCGGCCCCCUCGCCCCGCUGGCGCCCGCGCUGGCGCCCGGACUGCUGGAGGCGCUCAGCGGCCUGGAGGACGUACGCCUGAACUAUCUUGAGCAGCACGCGCAGCGCAUUGGCGGCGACGAUGCGGCCGGCGCCCUUGAUUCCGCACGCCUCGCCGCGGCACGCUCAAGCCCGCUGUCAGACGCACUCGACCUGCUGGCCAGGUGCGUCGCGUCGGACCCCACUGGGGCAGCUGCCAUGAAGCUGGCGCCCGAGCUGACGGGCCUCGUCAGGAGGGGCGUGGGCCUGAACACGAAGGCCGGCACGGCCCACUUCAUCUCGUCGCUCGCGCAGCGCGGCGCCUUCUCCGCCCCGGCCCCCGCCGACAAGGACGCCUCGGACGCACCCGCCGCCGCCGGCGCCGCCGCCGCCGCGCGCUCGCCCGUGCCGCAGCUGCUCAAGGCGCUCCGCUCCGCCGUCGCCGCGGAGCGCAGCGCGGGCGUUCGCAAGGCCUACGCGGCCGCUGCUGCGCUCGUCGCGUCCAGAUCUGGUGGUGAGAAGCGACUAUCCAAGUUUAUCGCGGACUCUGUUGCCAGCUACGGCGCCGCCGCCGCCGGCGAAGAAGGGGACGGCGGCGGCGGGGCGGGGGACGAGGGGCAGCGGCUGGCGGGGGCGCUGCUGCUUCGGGAGCUGAUGCGGGCCAGUCCCGAUGGGUUCAACCGGCACGCAUCGGAGGUGGGGGCGCUCGGGGACCUUUGGGAGUCAGAGCGACGCUUCAGUGUCCUCCCUGUCGCCUUUUUGGGCAAGAUGGACGAGAGCGCUGACGUAGCGGCCGCGUGGCGCACCGUCUGGGAGGAAGGGGCGCCCAGCGAGGCAGCCGCGCUGCGCAUGCACGCCAAGGAGCUGUCGUCGCUGGUGGCUGGCGGCCUCAAGGCCAGCAGCUGGGGCCGCAAGAAGGCCUGCGCAGAGGCUCCAAAGAUCGCUGCGAGUGACCAUGGAGCUUUGGGUCUGAAAAGGGCCCCAGUCCAGGCACCGGCUGCGUCAUCGUAG